GUCUUACCUUUUACCAUGUACCAUUUACACACUCGUUCCUAUUCUGUUAAUUUCUCUUCAGCUCCCGACUCGGAUCUGAACACAAACCCCACAAGGCCUGACCCGGAGGGGGAGAGCAGCCCCCCGAAGACAGACAACACCCAGAGAAUGGAGUCUCCAGCCAAGAAAGAUAUUGACCGGAGAUUGACUACCCCCACAAAAUCUGACGUCAUCCCUCGAUCACCUGGGUCACCUGCAUCACCCAUCCCCAGGUCGAAAAGGAAGGAAGACAUCAUCAAGUCAGAGGAGAGGCAGAAGCUUGCCAAGGAGCGGAGAGAGGAAAAGGCCAAAUAUCUUGAAGAGCUCAGCAUGUUACAAGCUGCUAAAAAGAACCAGUGGUUGGAGAAGGAAGAGAAGGCACGGCAGCUGAGGGAGCAGCAGCUGGAGGAGCGCCGCAGGAAGCUCGAGGAACAGCGGAUCAAGGCGGAAAAGCGACGAGCUGCUCUGGAGGAGAGACAGAAACAGAAACUGGAGAAGAAUAAAGAACGUUAUGAGGCAGCCAUCCAUAGGUCAACCAAGAAGACGUGGGCAGAAAUCCGCCAGCAAAGAUGGUCCUGGGCCGGCGCAUUAAGCCACAACUCAAGCCAGAAAGAAAGCAGAUGCUCUGUGUCAACGGUCAACCUGCCCAAACAUGUGGAUUCUGUUAUAAACAAGCGACUGUCCAAGUCCUCCGCCACGCUCUGGAACUCCCCCAGCAGAAACCGUAGUCUUGCACUGAGUCCAUGGGAGAGCAGUAUAGUCGACCGGCUGAUGACGCCAACACUGUCUUUCCUUGCUAGGAGCCGCAGUGCUGCCAGUGUCCUCAGCAAUGGCAAAGAUGGCCACUCUGCUCUCUGCCCCCGUUCGGCCUCAGCCAGUCCCCUCACCUUGUGUGCUCACCAGCCCCACCACCGCUGCGCCGACCGCUGGAGGGUGACGUCCAGCACACCAGACAUCACCCAGCGCCAACAAAGAAGGAGCUCCACACCUAUGGAUAAAAACAAGAAAGAAAAGAAAGACAAGGAACGAACACGUCCCGGUUCCUGCGGGGUCCGGUGCCGGACUUUAAAGGAGCCCCAGCUGAUAAGCCGCGUGAUGAAACCCAGGACAGAGCUGAAGUUCGGACUCACCGGACCCAUGCUGGACCUCCGGACCUCCGGACCUAUGCGGGACCUCCGGACCUAUGCGGGACCUCCGGACCUAUGCGGACCUCCGGACCUAUGCGGGACCUCCGGACCUAUGCGGGACCUCCGGACCUCCGAGUAG